AUGCCAGAUUCACCACCACCCACGUACUCCCCACCUCGACCUCCACCUCCUUACGAAGAACAAAAUAAAAAUACUCCAAAGGAAGGAAACACUUAUAAAAUCUCUCCUCCACCCUUUGUUCCACUGUCUGGCACAUCUUCGAGUCCCAUGAAUGUGGACGCUAGUACAUUACAUACGAUCCCGAUUAACGGUCCUCCACGAACUAUAGUGAUUGUACAAGAAGUGAAAGAAGCUCCAUCAUUCUCGCCGUAUAUGGCAUUCUGUCCCAAAUGCUCACAAAAUGUGACGACAAAGCAAACAUUUGUUUCCGGAAGUUUAACAUGGAUUUGUUUUCUUUUCGUACUCUUCUUCUUCUUCCCAUUAGCCUUUGUACCAUUCUGUUUGGAUUCAUGUAAAGACGUUCAGCAUUAUUGUCCCAAAUGUGCCUCACUCUUAUCAAUCAAAAAACGUUUCUUGUAA